AUGUUAACAAGGUCCUGGCGUCAAAGAAACCUUGCUUCCCUCCUUUAUUCCUUGAGUCACCGACGUUUGCUGAGUCAAAAGAUUCCCGACCCCAAGCACGUCUUUACAGAUCCAUCAAAUAACGAGAUAGUAGAUUCCAAGCACUUUUUCACCAACCCUAGUCGAGACAACCUGAUUGAAGAGGAGGCAAUCGCCAAAAGCAUCGAAGCUUCCAUCAAAAACCAGAGGCGCCGUCGUGGAAAGCAAGUAUCAAGUGCUCUCGCAGCCGCCCUGUUCGCAACAAUUUUUGGCUACACAAUUGGCUACAAGGUCCUGUACCUACAUGAGCAUUCAUUUAUUCCAGCAUAUCCUGUGCCAAAGGCUCGAAACUUCAGCAGCAAUGAGCUUAAGCACAUAAAUGUGGACGAAAUAAAACACCUUGCCGAAUACAAACUUCUUGAAAAGCUCUCAAUGCACCCGAUGAUCAAAGAACAAUACGGUGUUCCUCUACACAAGUCUCAAGGAAUAUCACUCGAAAGCCGCCAGUUUUCCGUUUGGCGCCAAGAUGUAGACCCAUGUAUUGCUGGCAUCCUUAUCGCACCUAUAGAUAGCCCCAAGGAUGAGCAUACGUGGCACAACGUCCCACCUCUUUGCAAGUGGCGCAUAACAAACCGUUCUGUCAAUUUUAGAAGUUUCGCUGACCAGGUGCUAGGUCGCGUGGGAAUAGAUUCGUCAGACCUGAUUCAGGUUAUCAAACCCGAGAAGGAUUGCGGCGACUUCAAGUACGGUCGCCCUCCGCACCACAGCGACGGUCCUCGCACAAUGCACAUAUGCUUUUUGGGCGAAAUGAAACUGGGAAAUGAAGAUCUGAUUAUUUUUAGAGGCACUUGUCACAUCGAUUUGAAACUUCAGCAAGUGGAUUUGCUGAGGAAAGAGAACGACAAGCUAGUACGAUACGUACUUUAUCACGAAACUAAGGAGUAA